AUUCGAGGCGAGUGGAGGCAAGGGACGUGAUUUGAAAAUCGAAUUUUUUAAAAUUUAAAAGUCUAUCAGAUGGAAAAUCAAGGAUUUUUGAAACAAAAACUUGGCUUUGCUACCAUUGCCAUUCACGCCGGUCAAGAUCCAGAGAAAUGGACAUCUGCAGCUGUGGUGCCACCUAUUGUAACCUCAACAACCUUCAAACAACCAGCCCCUGCAGAGCAUACAGGGUUUGAAUAUGGUAGAUCUGGCAACCCAUCUAGAAACACAUUAGAAGAAUGCCUCGCCGCCUUGGAUGGUGGAAAGCACGGUUUAGCAUUUGCCUCUGGUCUGGCUGCUACCACAACACUGGUUGCGUUAUUGAACAGUGGCGAUCAUGUCUUAUCAAGUGAUGAUGUCUAUGGGGGUACAAAUAGAUUGUUCAGACAAGUUACAGCAAGACAGGGUAUUGAAACUACGUUUACCGACUUUACAAAGAUUGAUAAGGUAGUUGAGGCUAUAAAACCUAAUACUAAGAUGAUUUGGUUGGAAACACCAACGAAUCCCCUGCUCAAGGUGGUAGAUAUUGAGGCCGUGGUGAAGGCCGCUAAGAAACGGGGGAAUAUCCUCGUAGUAGUAGACAAUACCUUCCUCACGUCAUACCUUCAGAGGCCGCUAGACUUUGGUGCGGAUGUCGUCAUGUACUCCCUAACAAAGUAUAUGAACGGACAUUCUGACGUCAUUAUGGGCGCAGCAAUUGUCAAAGACGACGAGUUAAACGAAAAACUUAGGUUUCUACAAAACGCCAUGGGAGCAGUCCCAUCGCCAUUUGAUUGCUAUCUAGUCAAUAGGAGUUUGAAAACGUUAGCACUACGUAUGGAACGCCAUCGAGAAUCCUCUUUGGUUAUAGCUAAAUGGUUAGAAAAACACCCUAAAGUUACCGAGGUCCUACAUCCAGGUCUCCCAUCGCAUCCCCAACACGAAAUAGCCAAGAGACAGACAAGUGGUCACUCAGGUGUUUUCAGUUUUAAUCACACCGGUGGUUUAAAAGAGUCGAGAAAGUUCUUGAGCUCCCUCAAAAUUUUCACACUCGCCGAAAGUUUGGGCGGAUACGAAAGUUUAGCUGAAUUACCUUCUGUGAUGACUCAUGCUUCAGUUCCUGCACCUCAACGGGCCGAGUUAGGAAUAACAGACUCGUUGGUUAGGCUUUCUGUGGGUCUGGAGGAUGUUGAAGAUCUCAUCGAAGAUUUAAACCAAGCUUUUAAAGCAUCUUUCUAGGACAAUGAUAUAUAUGUAAUUUACUAAAUUUUUUUUAAAGAAUUCUCACAUGUAUGUACAAUGAAAAUUUACUUUAGGUAAAAUGCGGAUACAGAAUAAUAAAUCAUGUUCCUAAUAG